AUGGAAGAGAAAGUGAGUGGAUGUAGUCAUGUGUUAAUGGUUCCAUACCCAAGCCAGGGUCACAUAAACCCAAUGCUCCAGUUCAGCAAACGCUUGUGCUCCAAAGGAGUGAGAGUGACCAUGGUCACAACCAUUUUCAUUUCCAAGUCCAUGCAUCUCCAAUCUUCAUCCUCAUUGGGCACUGUUCAACUUGAUUUCAUAUCAGAUGGCUAUGACCAAGGUGGUUUCAAUCAAGUGGGUUGCGUGAAAACCUAUUUGUCUCGCAUGCAAGAAGUAGGCUCCAACAGCUUGAGGGAAAUCAUCAACAAACACAACUCUUCUCAUCACCCUAUAGAUUGUGUGGUGUAUGAUGCUUUUUUGAUAUGGGUGUUGGAUGUAGCCAAAGAAUUUGGGUUAUUGGGAGCUGCUUUUUUCACCCAAUUGUGUGCUGUCAAUUAUAUAUAUUACCAUGUCUACCAUGGACUUCUAAAGGUUCCCGUUUCAUCACUACCAAUCUCUAUUCCAGGGCUUCCUUUGCUUGAUCUGAAAGACACACCAGCCUUUGUCUAUGAACCUUCCUUCUAUCCAGCUUACUUUGACUUGGUCAUGAAUCAAUUCUCUAACAUCCACAAAGCAGAUAUGCUUCUUGUCAAUUCCUUCUACAAGCUAGAGGACCAGGUGGUGGAUUCCAUGUCAAAGAUAUAUCCAUUAUUGACAAUUGGGCCAACAGUUCCAUCCUUUCACUUGGACAAGGUAGUCCCAAAUGACAGAGACAAUGUUCUGAAUCUCUUUCAGUCAGACUCAUCAGCAGUUGGUUGGCUCAAACAAAAGCCUGCAGGGUCAGUCAUCUACAUAUCAUUUGGCAGCAUGGUUUGCCUGAGCUCCCAGCAGAUGGAUGAAAUAGCAUUGGGCCUAAUGGGAACUGGUUUCAACUUCUUGUGGGUGAUUCCAAAUUUGGAGAGCAAGAAUCUCUCAGAGGAGAUGGGGAAGGAAGUAAAUGCAUGUGGAAGGGGUUUGAUAGUUAAUUGGAUACCCCAAUUGGAAGUGCUAUCAAACAAAGCUGUUGGUUGUUUUUUCACACACUGUGGAUGGAAUUCAACUCUUGAAGCACUCUGCUUGGGAGUGCCAAUGGUUGCCCUACCACAGUGGACUGACCAACCCACCAAUGCAAAAUUUGUUGAGGAUGUAUGGAAAGUGGGAAUCAGAGUUAAUGAAAAUGAGAAUGGGAUUGUAACAAGAGAAGAGAUUGAGAAUUGCAUCAGGGUAGUAAUGGAAAAGGACCUUGGAAAAGAAAUGAGGAUUAAUGCUAUGAAAUGGAAGGAAUUGGCUGUAGAAGCAGUGAGUCAGGGUGGCACUUCAGACCACAACAUCAAUGAAUUUAUAAAGAAUCUGAAAAAAUCCUAA